CUCGAUAUCCAGCAUGGGCGCCCAAGGCGGUGUCGAGUAUUCAGAGGAUGUGCCAGAUAACAAGUUCUCUGUCUGGUGUUUCGGACACAAAAGAAUUCCUCGCACCAAAGGCACAACGACAUACGCCAUCGCGCCGAACCGCGUGCGAAUCGGCUACCUCUUCUACAACAAGGCGGGUUCUCGAACACCAUUCGAAGAUCUAGGAACCAGUUCCUGUAUGUCGUGCCACCUCUCGUGGCGGCGUACUGGUUGAUGGAGUGGGCGAAUGAAAGAAACCAUUACCUCAAUUGCAAAGCCGGGCGGGCGCUGUUCGAACAGGAGGGGUAGCCAGCGUGAAUGUCCCAACAGCCAAACUUCGGGCAUGAUCGCACUGUGAACAAAUCAGCAACUCCGACAAAGCAGAUCAUGCUCUCAGCCGGGACAAAUCAGGUCAGAC